AGAUACCCAACCGGGGGCCCAAUGCCCACGUUUGUUCAUGGUUCACUAUGACUGGCCAACGUGGUAUCUCUGCCGGUAUCACCCCUCCACAACUCCUCUCCUAUCCGCCCAUCCAUCCCUUCUUCCCUUCCCUCCCUCUCCCUCUCCCUCCCCCCCCCCCCACCUUCCUCCCACUCGCCUUCCGCCUCCCCGCACUAUGUUCACACUGCCCCGUAUCAGAUCAGCACUUCCGUUCCAAGGGCAUACCGGCACCCACCCUUUCUGCUGAAUUACGAAGCCCCCCCCCCCUUCCAUUGCCGUAAGUAGGAGACCACUCCUACUUUUUCACUCUCCCUUAUCCUCUCAUCGACUCUCCUUUGACCGAUACACUGCUAUAACACUGAUUCCUGUCAACCUUUGGCCGGUUGAACAUCCGUUAUCAUCCACAGGUUGCCGGUCUGAUGGCAGUAUUAUUUUGACGACUUUUCUCCUUUUCCUCUCUUCUUCUCUCCCUAUAUCUCCCGUCAUCCAGCCAAGAGAGACGAUAGAUUCAGUUAAACCACGACUGCCAGGUCCUCUACGCCCAUAAUGCGGCUUUCUCACGCCUUCACCCUGGGCUUUCUAGCCCUUACCUUUGUCAGAGCGACUCCGGUUCAGAAUCAGAUUCCCCUUAGCCCGAGCGAAGUGUUCUCAGUGCACGAUGCGCCAGAACCACAACCUGGACCCAGAAAGCUGAAGGGGCGAUUUUUGCACAUUACUGGUGAGUUGCCUUGCCGUAUUCAGCGAGUGACAAUAUUGGGUGAUUUGCGAUUGACAUCUUGUAGACGUUCACCCCGACCCUUUCUACCUCACGGGCUCCGAUCCCGGUGAGCGCUGUCACCGUGGCAAGGGAGAUGCUGGAGUUAUUGGUGCCGAGACCUCGGGCUGUGAUACUCCGUUCAGUUUGGUGAACGAGACCUUCGCCUGGAUCAAAGAAAACCUCAGAGAUGUCGGUUUCCCUGCCCUGCGAAAUUUUGGUGCCCGUGCCAGGAACAGGAGGCUGACAUGUGCGAAAUACAGGAGAUUGACUUUGUCAUCUGGACUGGCGACUCGGCAAGGCACGACAAUGACGUGAAUAUCCCACGCAGUGACAGUCAAAUUUUCAUGUUGAAUCGGCGUAUUACUGCGGGAAUGAUUGACGUUUUUGGGAAGCCGGAUAAUCUUGGCGAUGAUGAUCCGACAAACGACCUAGUUGUCCCAAUGUAAGCCUCAAUCUUACCAACUUCGGGGCAAAACUCGCUUCAGAUGUUAUCUUCUGCGACUUUUUGCUAAAAUUGGUGUUUAGUAUUCCGACCCUUGGUAAUAACGAUAUCUUUCCUCACAAUAUUAUGACGGACGGUCCCAAUAAGAUCACGCGCGAAUUCUCGGAUAUCUGGAGGAGUUUCAUUCCGCAAGACCAGUAUGGCUUGACCAUCCGAUCAUUAGUCUUGUUAUCCAGUCACUUAACGCCCGUGUUUUAGAUAUCACGUGUUUGACAAAGGAGCCUAUUUUUGGACCCAAGUCAUACCGGGAACCAACGGCAAGACGGGUUUGGCUAGCAAAGGCGGCCUUUCGGUCAUUUCACUCAACACGAUGUUUGUUUGCCCUAUCUCUCUCUCCCAGGGCUGGGCUUUGACUCCUAACAACUACUUAUAGCUACUUCUUCGGCUCCAACGCUGCUGUCGAUGGCUGCGAUCUCAAGGGCGAACCAGGUUAUGAGCAAAUGGAAUGGUUGAAGAUCCAAUUACAAUUGAUGAGAGAUAUCGGGAUGAAGGCUAUUUUGAUUGGCCAUGUUCCACCAGCUUGGACAAGUACGAAGCAAAGUUGGGACGAAACGUAAGCACCCUUGGUUCCUACAUAAUGUCCCUGCUAAACGGUCCCGCAGGUGCUGGAAGAAGUAUGUUUUGUGGUCUAAGCAAUAUCGUGAUGUUAUCGUGGGGUCUAUCUAUGGGUAUGGUCUCCAAUAUUCCGAUCGCCCGUCAGCAUCUAUGGCUAACAUUAUUCUAGUCAUAUGAAUCUGGACCAUUUUAUGGUGCACGAUAGUGACGAGCUCAAGCCGCCUCAUGACGACAGCAAACGCAAGAAGAAGCCCAAGAAGAAGUGGUCCGGCCGCUCUGCUGAAGAGAUGGUUGCUAACGAGAUGGACGCCUCGGAAUUCGAUGAGGAGAAUCCGGUUUUCAAUGUUCAGAACGCAGAGUCAUACCUCAAUUCGCUGAGAGAGGCGUUUUCUUACCUCCCCACUCCUAUCGGAGCCGUUGGAAAAAGCGAUGACGAUGACGAUUCCUAUGAUCAGAACCAGAACGCUGAUUACUCCCAGAGAAUUGGGGGCAGGUGGGGUGAGCGAUACGUCCUCUCGAUUGUUGGACCAAGUGUUGUACCGAACUACUUCCCGACGCUUCGGGUCAUCGAAUACAAUAUUACCGGACUCGAUGAUGUCAAUGUGGUGGUUGGAGGGUCUAAUGCUAAGCCCGGUGACGACUAUCAGGCCUUGCAUACCACCAAGAAGAAGGACCCGUCUACUCCCGAUCCGCCCUCCAAGACUACGCCUCCCGGUCCAGCCUAUUCCAUGCAGCCAUUUACCUUCCUUGGUAUCACCCAGUAUUAUGCCAAUCUUACUAGGAUCAAUGGACGCAACGAGAAGAUGGAUAACCAACACCUAGAAUUGCGAGAUUCCGCCGAAGAUAGAACGUUUAGAUACGAGUUAGAGUACAACACGAGGACGGAUAAGAUCUAUAAACUUAAGGACAUGACCGUCAAGAGUUAUUUGAAGCUUGCGAGGGAAAUAGUCGACGCUACUCACCGGGGGAAUAAGAAGAAGCAGGGUGACAGGGACAAGACGAAUGAAAUAGAUGAUUCUGCUGAGUGGGAAGAUCUAGAGGUUGAGGAUGGUGAGGAAAUAGACACUGAAGAGGGUGGUGGUGUUGAAGAAGAGAGGAGGAAGAGGGGGCGCAAGAGCAAGAAGCGCCAUCAUUACAGGUUGAAGGAUCGUAUUUGGCACACUUUUGUAAAAAGAGCUUUCGUGGGUACCAUCGAGGGUGAUGAGCUUGGCUUGUGAUUUCAUGUAGGGACUACUUUAAUUUCGGCUCUGGGUUUUGGGACUGGUUUGGGAGGGUCAUUUUUCCGAGUUAUUCUCAUUGCAUGGCGUUUCGAUUCUUCAUUCUGAUUUCGUGAGUAUUGCCUCCAUUCAUUUCUCUUCCGCCUUCUUUGUCUUUUGCAUGGGGUUUAUGACCUUUUCAACUUCAUUUUUUAUGCAGUCGGUAUUACUGCUGGGUUUCAUGGGUUCAGUGUAUUAGUAGAGCAAUUCAAGUGGAAAGCGAAUGAUGGUGUUCAAUCCG